AGUCUAUAAGAAGCCGGUCAUCGCGUCUACCUUUACCAGUACUAUUACCACCGAUAGCCGUGAUACAUUGUAUAACAUAUAAUAUUACAUUAUUAGUUGGAGUCAUUAUUGUCACCAUUUGAACACUCGAAGUAUGUCUCGAUCGUCGUCAAGUGUCACCAUGAAAGUAUUUGUAAUCGCCAUAUGCGUGUGCGCCGCUCUAGCCCGCCCGGAAGAUGUGAAAGUGGAAAACAAACCAGCUGUGAUCAAAUCUGAAACCUUAGCUGCACCACUUCCGACAAAUAUUGUAAAACGAGCUACAGAUACAAUUCAGCUAGACUCAUCGCUCCCGAAUGUCAGCGAAGACGUACUCGAUAAAGCGCUUAGCGACAGGAGAUUUGUGCAAAGGCAACUCAAGUGCGCUACAGGCGAAGGACCGUGUGAUCCUAUUGGGCGAAAAAUUAAAGCUCACGCACCGCUAGUGUUGAGAGGAAUGUGCGUCAAGUGUUCACAGUCGGAAAUCAAACAGAUUCAACGUGUCAUGUCCCAUAUUCAGAAGAAUUAUCCCAAGGAGUACACAAAGAUGCUGAAACAGUACCAGAGCGGAUUUUAAUCACGAUGCGGCGUCCAUGCACAAUAUUCCUGUUCAUGACCACCGGUUUUUGGCAUAAUUUAUAUUAACAUUUUAAAUAAUAUAUUAUAUAUAAGUACAACAAUCGAAUAUUAAAUCUUAUGAGUGUCACUCGUCUCCACUUACUACGAACCUAUUAUGCUUACCGUACGGCCGUUGUUCUAAUUAUUAUUUUUUAGCAUUAUUUUAGUUUUAUUGUUUUAUUUUAUUUUAUUAUUAUUAUUUUUUUUUUAUGUAAAUAAAUGACUGAUGGUAAUUUUAAUCAUAUGAA